AUGGUCAAAGUCGCAAUCGCAGGAGGUACCGGCGGCAUCGGCCUCUACAUCGUCGAGGCCAUCGUCGAGGCCGGCAACCACGACGUCAUCGUCCUCUCCCGCCGCGCGAGCCAUCCCGUCCUCGACAAGCUUGGCGUGCCCAUCGUCGCCGUCUCGUACGCUGACCCCGCCGCGCUCGUCAAGGCCCUCGAAGGCGUGCACACCGUCAUAUCGACCAUCGGGGGCCCCGGCGCAGACGCCUUCACGGACGCGCAGCUCGCACUGCUCAACGCGGCCAUCAAGGCGGGCGUGACGCGCUUCGCGCCAGCGAUGCGCGCGAGCGGGCUCGAGUACACCGUGUUCGAGGUCGGCAUGUUCAUGAACUACCUUGCCGCCGGCACACCGGGCCUCGGCCACCUGGACCCGUUCGUAUUCAUAUUCGACGUUGAACACUGCAGGGCGACGCUCCCCGGGGACGGUUCUGCGUACUUUGUGCAGACACGGGCGGAGGACAUCGGGAAGUUCGUCGCGGCGAGCUUGGACUUGGACAAGUGGCCCGAGUUCAGCCAGAUCAGGGGAGACAGGAGGAAGCUGAACGAGAUUGUGCAGCAGGCCGAGCAGGUCCGAGGCCAGAAAUUCGAUGUGAUGUACUUAUCUGAGAAGCAGCUACUGGAGACCAUCAACUCGAGCAGCCCAGGAACGCUCAAACACCCCAGGGAAGGACUUGCUGCGCUUGACAUAGACAAGAUCCUAGCCCAGUUGUUUUUGCAGGCAUUUAGGAGCAACCAGAUGGGGUAUGAGGGCCAAAACCUCAGCGAACUAUGUCCCCAGGUGCAACCCAUGGGAGUUCCCGAGUUCCUGCGGCAGUGGUGGGGAAAGAAGUAG